AUGUAUAUUGAGUAUGUUUAGAAUAAUUUCAACCCCUCUGCUUCAGAAUUAGAGUUAUUGAAAUCCUAAGAAAUAAAAGAAUUAUACGAAUAUAUUUAGCAAUAAGGAGGAUUUAUUAAAUAUUAUUCGCAACAGUACAAUGAAUUUCAAUCCUAUGAUAACAAUGAAAUUCUGCAAUUGUUUCAAAAAUACUUAUUAAAUUAUGAAUUGAGAACAACAGAUGUGGAUGGACAAUAUCUGCACAGAUGUGCAUAUAUAGAACUUAAUAAAGCAAUAAAUUGUUUUACAGAACCUCCGUAGAUGUGGCUAUAAGAUUAAGUUACUCUAUGGUCGUUGCCUAAUUAUGUAUCUGCAGAAUUGAACAAAAAUCUGUUUACUUUCUAAGAUUUAUCAAAAAAUCACAAAAAUUUUGAAAUUGAUAUUAUAGCUUAGAAUCCAUUUACUGAUACAACAUUGGCAGAGGAGGAAAAUUAUUAUUAAACCUUCAGAAUGACAUUAAGUUAAUAUAAAGAAUAUGCCGAAGAUCCAAAAUUAUUUUUUUAAAACAAUCCCCAAUAUAAAAGUGAUAAAGUUUACUAGGCAGUAAAUGUUGAUAUGGAGGACUGGAAGGAGGAAAUCCAUAGAUUAUUUGAUUUCUUACCCACCUGCUUCACAAGAAACAACGGAUUGAAUUAUCUAAGGUAGAAUUGUAAAGGUGCAAAUGUGCCAGAAAUAUACAUGAGAGUCUAGAAUUGUUGGAUAGGGGGAUAAUAGGAUUUUUAAGGUCUGAGUUAAGUUAAUAUCAAUCACGGCCCAGGAGAUUGUGUUUGGACGAUUAUUGAUGCCAACUAUAUCGAUAAGUUAUUUUCUAUAACUCCUGAUUUAUUCAGGAAGGAGGGAAGGUGGUAUGUCAAUAUUGAGUUUUUCCUCAAAAAUCAAAUACCUGUUAGACAAGUAAUUUAAAAAAAAGGGGAUAUACUUAUAAUUGGGGCGGGAUGUUUUUUUUAGGCCAAAAAUAUUGGAAAUUCUAUUCACACAUCCUUCAAUUUCUUAAUGGUGGAUGAAUUUUCUAUUCAACAAAUUUAUAAAAGACAGAAUAGGAAUGAUUUCUUUCGGUUUUAGGAUGUUAUUGCAAUCAGAAAUUUGUUUUUAGACAUUUAUAUCCAUGAGAAGUUAAGUAUUUUACAAAACUACUUAAAAUAUUUUAUCGAUUAAGAAUUUCGGCGUUAAUUAUCAAAAAAUAAAUUAACUAACUUUGAGUUAUUUAUAUCUUCAAAAGAUGUCUUAAUUUGUACUAAAUGCAAUAAAGAAAUCUUUAUAUUUUUUUAAUUCAUCAAAGAUUGGGUAUAUUAUUGCCCAGAUUGCUACGUUGAUUAUGAAAAAGUAAUAUACAUGAAAUACAGCAUUAUCUAAUUGAAAUAUCUCAUUUAAGCUGAUAACAUUUAAUGCUCGAAAUUGUUGUGCAGUAACUAUGUUGGGGAAUCGAAUUGUGCCUUAAAGUAGAUAAUCUAAGAACAGGUUUAAUUAUCGGAGGAAGAAGAUAAUUCAUCGAUUUUUGAAAGUAGAAAAUUCUUGGAUGAAUUCAUUGUUGGGUUAAACAUGGAAUCGUUGAAUUCUCAUUUAUAAAAUGGAGUAUCUCAACAAUAAGAUGUUUUAAGUAAUGACACUAGGCAAGUUCAAAAAAUAACAAAGAAAAUCAAGACUAUCAAAUUACAACAGGUAAAAAAGAAGAAGCAUAAAAAAAGUGCAAAAUAUUCAGAACUUUAAGUAAUUAAGUACAUAUAAUAAACCAAAAGAAGCAUCUUAAAUUGA